AUGCCUUUCGCCAAGUUGUUCAAGUGCUGCAAGAUUGCUGGCGCCGCCCACUCUGACGAGACCCCUGCCAUCCGCCUUAUCACCAUCAACAAGCCCGUUACUAAGAACGCUGUCUCCAUCCUCCCCACUCCCACCAAACCCAUCCCUCAGCUUGACGUCUCUCCCUCUUCAAGCACCUCCGUCGCCAUGCUCGACCACGCCUCGAUCAGCAGCAUCAACUCGCCUGUCAACUCGUUCACCAUCAACGACGACUACGAGAAUGUCGACCUCGCCAGUUCCAUCGUCUUCUCUACACCUCCCAGAAAGGUACGCAAGGCACUGGUCUCACCUUUCGAUGACCAGCACGAGGUCGGAUACGCACUCGCUGUUACUGGCUCUUCCUUCGACAACGAAGACGAUUUCUUCUAUGCCUCUUCUCCAUGCUCCACCACGCCCUCCGUCCUCUUCGAGCAGUCUAGCCGUAUCAACUCAUUCAACACCGUUGCCUCGUCCGUCGACAGCGAAGUCGGUGACCAGUACCACGUCAUUUACGCUCCCACUACUGCUGCCCAUGAGGAUGAGGCCGAUCAGCGUGCCAUGGAACACCAGCGUGGUAACCUCCAAUACCAGAAUCUGCAGCGUAAUGACACCCUUGCCAUGCUGGAAGGCACGAUCCCUCAGCCCAAUGACACUCUGGACUCCGAGCUCAUGGAGACCUUGGCUGUCUUUCUGGGUCACAAG